CGACGCCCAAAGCUUGCGUCGCAUCAUCACACUUGGAACCCUCCCAACAGACUCCAACUGUAACAGAACACAGAGUAACGCAACCGGCAUGUGGUUCAUCGGCUGGCCGCUGGGUCUUCUUCUCUCCGCCAUCUCCAGUAUCUUCGGGAUCACAGGGAAGCUACUACUCAAGCUGGCACACAAUGAGCGCGACAAGGACGAGCUGGCAGCAGCGCAACGUGAGCUGCGUAAGAGCCACGGAGCUGUGCCCAGCCCCAGUAUGGGCGUCAAGUCUAAUCUGGGCUGCACCUAUUUCUACUGUGGCCUCUUCUCCAUGCUAGUGAUGAAUCCUGCUCUGGGGGCUCUGGCCUACUGCUUCGCCACACAGUCGCUACUUGCGCCAAUGGCAGGGCUCACUAUCGGCUGGAACACGCUGUUUGGACCGAUUCUACUGCCUCAUGAACGUCUCACAACCAACGACUUUGUGGGCGCAGUGCUGAUUUUCACGGGGUGCGUCUUGGUUGGCGUCUCGGGCACGCACGACAGCCCUCCACUGCCGGUAGAGCUAGUCGCGUCGAGAUUUAAGUCCUUCUCCUUUCUGUUGUAUGUUGUGGUGUUGCUGGCAUUGCUGAGUUUCCUGAUCCAUCACGCUAAACAUGCGCUACACUUUACCACGACGACUCGUCGCGCUGGAGUCGAGAGCUCGCCUGUAUCUAGCCCUGAACAACUUCCGGUGAUCGCACGAGUGUCGCUAUGUGUGUUUGCCGGCGUCAUGAGUGGCCAGCUCUUCUUCCUCGCUGCAGUGAUGCGAACUGUCCACGACGACGGAGCUAGUCGCAUCUGGUCGUUUCCAGUGACCUACGUCUGUAUCAUAGGCGCGGUGGGUACAGCGCUAUUUGGGCUGUAUCUACUCAACGAGGCGCUUGCUGUCGAAGACGCAGUAGUGGUCAUUUACCUGUACGAGGCGAGCUACAUCAUGUCUGGCGCAAUCUCAGGACUCUGUUUCUUUAGGGACAUGAACCAUCUGCCUACUUGGCAUUAUGUGCUCUAUUCGCUCAGUCUUGUGCUUAUCCUGUUGGGUAUCUACAUCGUGGCGAAGCGGUCUUUUCCCAAAGCGGAGGAUGAGGAGUAUAUGCUGCCGCUGUUGGCGCCACCUUCAGCCGAGGACGCGUCCGUGGAAAGGAUCUUCCAGCAGGCGUCAUACUACGCGCGCAGAGCGUCAUAUUCCGGACCCUCGAUGCUGCAAUCGAUUCGAACGAGUCGCAAUGACACCGAGACACCAGAACGUCGCAAGUCGAUGCCGUUUAAGUAA